AACGAGCAGUAGAGGACCCAGCAGUCCAUUGCUCUUGAGGUCAACAGGUACCGCUAGUCAAGCGGCUCAAGCACAUAUGUCUUCCGCAACUUCUAGUGGAACUUCAGGCGGUAAUAUGCCUGGAACUUCAGGCGCAGCACCAAGCAUGAUCGCUGGAGGUCGGAUUUUAUUCUCUGUUUCAGCACGAG